GGCCGCGGCCGGGGGCGCGGCUCGACCGCCGGCAGCCUGGCCGGCGACGAGUGGACCGGCCAGGAUCCGCUGGAGGAGAUGGCCGCUGACCUGGGUGCCAAGGUGCCCGAGUACAUGCGGUCGGAUCCCGCCUUUGUCGACAUGUACCACAGCUUCGUGUACCCGUCGCCCUACCUGCAGCUGAGCGAGGUGGCGCUGCGUGAGGCCAUCAAGAAACAGAUUGAGUACUACUUCAGCGAGGAGAAUCUGCAGAAGGACUUUUUCCUGCGCCGCAAGAUGGACAACGAAGGCUACCUGCCCGUGUCGCUGAUCGCUUCGUUCCACCGGGUGGAGGCUCUGACGCGCGACAUCAAGCUGGUCAUCCAGUCCGUGGAGGACUCGGAUGUGGUCGAGAUUGCCGACGGUGUCAAGAUCCGCGCCAAAGAGGAGCCGCGCAAGUGGCGUCUGGCGGCGAACGCGCCGGUGCCGACGGCGGCGGCAGCGGCCGGCCACCAGGGCGGCGAACUCAACCCGGACGUACCCGAGUUCGUGCCGCACUUUCUGCAGCAGACCAGCGGCCCGGCCGACGCCGACGCCGACGGCGCGGAAGCCGACGCUGGCUCGCAGACAGAGGGCGCCGUCGGCGUACCCGGGCGCAGCUCGUACCUCUCCCUGCUCGACUCGCCGCCGCUGUCGUCCAGCGCCCCCGAGUCCGAGUGGCGCCAGGUGCGGCGUCGGUCGCGCGAGCCGCGGCCCCGCCCCGGUGGCCACAACGAGUCGCCGGCGCCGGCCAUCGACGACCGCGAGGAGCUCAACUUCCAGUUCGACGAGGAGCUGGAGAAGGUGCCGGCCGGCGGACGCAACAACACGUUCACCGAUGAAUGGUCGGACGACGAGUCGGAGAACGACUUCCCGGACCGUGGCCUCGACAACCUGAUGAUCGUGACGCAAACGCCGCCGCCGUCGCGGCUGCCGUCGCGUCCGGACAAGCACGAGGGCCAUGACCGCACCGGCGACUGGACCACGCGCGUCAAGAUGACCCAGGAUCUGGCCUCGGCCAUCAACGACGGCCUCUUCUACUACGAGCGUGACCUCUGGAACGAGCCGGAGUGGGAGAUUACCUCUGUGUCCAAGCAGGUAACUGUGAUAUCAAGCGAGGAGUUCAGCAAGAUUAAGCCACCGUCUCCUCGAGCUCAAAACCAGCAGGUUCCUCCGCCGCCGCCGCCGCCACCGCCGCCGCCACCCACUCAGCUGCAGUCCGACGACUCGAAUCUGUCGCGGUCGUUACCCACUGAUAUCCCGAUGACCCCGAAGGGCGGCGCCGGCCGGGCGCCGACUACGCCGCGCACGCCGCACGGCGCCGCUCAGGCGCCGCGCUUCUACCCGGUGGUCAAGUCGAACCGGCCGCCGGACAAGGCGACGCCGCGCAAGCGCAAGCUGCGCCACUCGCAGAACCCGCCGGUGGAGCACCACGUGGGCUGGGUGAUGGACAGCCGGCGGCACCCGCCUUCGCGGCGCGAGCGCACCAUCUCGCAGACGAGUGCCACCAGCGGCACCAGCCCGUCCGAGGGUGGCCUCUCCACCAGCCACGGCAGCACGCCCGGUUCGCUGCCGCAGUUCCAGCACCCCAGCCACGCGCUGCUCAAGGAGAACAACUUCACGCAGCAGGUGUAUCACAAGUACCGCGCUCGCUGCCUCAGGGAGCGCAAGCGGCUCGGCGUUGGCCAAUCUCAGGAGAUGAACACGCUGUUCCGCUUUUGGUCCUUCUUCCUGCGCGACAACUUCAACCGCAAGAUGUACGAGGAGUUCCGCCAGCUGGCCACGGAAGACGCCACCGGAGGGUACAGGUACGGCCUGGAGUGCCUGUUCCGGUUCUACAGCUACGGCCUGGAGCGACGGUUCCGUCCCGAGCUGUACCUCCACUUCCAGGAGGAGACGCUCAAGGACUUCGAGUCAGGUCAGCUGUACGGUCUGGAGAAGUUCUGGGCCUUCAAGAAGUACUACCGCCAGGCGCGCUCACUGGACACGCUUCCUGAACUGGCGGCGGCGCUGGUCAACUUCCGCCGCCUGGAGGACUUCCGCGUGCUGCCGCCGGCCGGCGAGGAGGAUGCCGACGCCAAGGGCCGCCGCAGCCGCCACGUGUCGGAGACUCAGACACGGCACCGGUGA